AUGGGUUCAGGACUGCGACGUCGACCUUUAAGUAGUGGCGAUACAACACAGUUACAAUGUACGCUCUACGGUCGCCUCUGUCAAUCCCUCACACAUUUGCAACAAAUUUCAAAGAAGCGUUUGAAAUGGAUUACUGUGCUCCAUGUCCCGAUAUUCUCCUACGGACCAUGGACAAAUACCAUAUACGCAUUCUACUAUAAUCGCUCCUUCUCUGUUAUCCAAUCGUCGGGAAUGGGGAAAUCGCGCCUGAUGGAUCACUUUGCCACACUUCGGUUCACGAUUCCUUUCAGCAUCCAGGAGUCCGAUGCAAACACUUACCCUUCCUUUGACGACCAAGUUCGCGACUUUCUCGAUAGGAUUCAACCAUGA